CGCUGUUACAGCCAAUAGGUGAUCAACCCAAUCGGCGAUCGGAUGUCGUUUUGGAACCUGAAACGAACGUAUUUAAACUCUGUGUGUUAUUUCUACGAACUAUGACGGAUCGACACGUCGGAUGAGACGGGAUAUUGACGUUGUACGACGGUAGCUCAGUGAGUCCACUCUACUCUUGAAAGCAGGAUGGAGACUUUGAUUCCCACCAUCAACCGUUUACAAGAGGUUUUCCUCACAGUGGGCGCAGAGAUCAUUCAUCUGCCUCAAAUCGUCGUGGUCGGAUCUCAGAGUAGCGGGAAGAGCUCGGUGCUGGAGAGUCUGGUUGGACGUGAUUUCCUGCCCCGAGGCUCGGGGAUCGUCACCAGACGACCGCUGGUGUUGCAGCUUGUCAACGUUGCACCUCUGGAGGAGCGGCGGAAAACUGAAAAUGGAAAUGGGGUUAAACAAACUGCACAAAACAACUACCCAGGUGUCAAAGCUGAAGAAUGGGGCACCUUCCUGCACUGCAAGAAUCAGGUGUUCACGGAUUUUGGGGAAAUUCGCCGGGAAAUUGAGGCAGAGACCGAACGUUCUUCAGGCAACAACAAGGGAAUCGCUCCCGAGCCCAUACAUUUGAAGAUUUUCUCCCCCAAAGUCCUCAAUCUGACCCUUGUCGAUUUACCCGGCAUCACAAAGGUCCCUGUCGGCGACCAGCCCGAGGACAUCGAGUCCCAAGUGCAGGAGAUGAUCUUGUCCUUCAUCUCCAAUCCCAACUCCCUCAUCCUCUCGGUGUCCGCCGCCAACUCUGACUUGGCCACCUCGGAUGCUCUGAAACUGGCUCGUGAGGUCGAUCCAGAUGGUCGACGGACUCUGCUUGUUGUCAGCAAGCUGGAUUUGAUGGACGCGGGGACAGACGCACUGGAGGUACUCCUCGGUCGAGUCAUUCCAGUCAGGCUCGGGAUCAUCGGGGUGGUUAACAGGAGCCAGCAUGACAUCAACACGCAGAAGAGCCUGGGCGACAGCAUGAAGGACGAGCAGGCCUUCCUUCAGCGCCACUACCCGUCGCUGGCCUCCCGCGCCGGCUCGCGCUACCUGGCCAAAACGCUCAGCAGGCUGCUCAUGCACCACAUCCGAGACUGCCUGCCGGACCUCAAGACCCGCGUGACUGUGCUCAGCGCCCAGUACCAGUCACGCCUCAACAGCUACGGUCAGCCGGUGGAGGACCACAGCGCCACCCUGCUGCAGAUUGUCACCAAGUUCGCCAGCGAUUACUGCAACACAAUCGAGGGCACGGCUCGCUAUAUUCAAACCUCUGAGCUCUGUGGCGGAGCUCGCAUCUGUUACAUCUUCCACGAAACCUUCGGCCGCACUCUGCAGUCCAUCGACCCUCUUGGAGGACUGACAGAACUCGAUAUCCUCACUGCCAUCCGCAAUGCUACCGGUCCACGUCCUGCACUUUUUGUCCCUGAGGUGUCCUUUGAGUUGUUGGUGAAGCGUCAAAUCAAGCGUCUGGAGGAGCCCAGCCUGCGCUGUGUGGAGCUGGUUCACGAAGAGCUGCAGAGGAUCAUCCAGCACUGCUCAUCCUUUAGCACGCAGGAACUUCUGAGAUUCCCCAAACUUCAUGAUUCCAUUGUGGAAGUCGUGACCGGGCUACUGAGAAAGCGUCUGCCAAUUGCCAACGAAAUGGUGCAUAAUUUAGUAGCCAUCGAGCUUGCCUACAUCAACACGAAGCAUCCGGACUUCACGGAUGCGGCGCAGGUCUCGGCAUCAGUCAACAGUCAGCAGGCAGAGGGCCUGGAUGGAACCAAGCGCUGGAAGAAUGACAAGGUUGCGGAGGAGAAAGCCCCAGCGGCGGGCUUUGGCAGCCCCAGCAAAGGGCAGCCCAUUAACCUCCUUGACACAGCAGUGCCCGUGUCCCGGAAACUGAGUUCCAAGGAGCAAAGGGACUGCGAGGUCAUCCAGCGCCUCAUUAAGUCUUACUUCCUCAUUGUCCGCAAGACCAUCCAGGACAGCGUGCCCAAGACCGUCAUGCAUUUCCUGGUGAACUAUGUCAAGGAGCAUCUGCAAAGCGAGCUGGUGGGUCAGCUGUAUAAGCAGACGCUCCUGCAAGACCUGCUCAUUGAGUCUCAGGACACAGCGCAGCAGAGGACGGAGGUCGCUCAAAUGCUGCAGGCGCUUAAGAAGGCCAAUCACAUCAUCUCUGAGAUCAGAGAGACACAUCUGUGGUAGCUAAAGGAAGCACACACUCCUCACUUUCUCUACAUCUGUCUGCUAGUGUGUGUGUGUGUGUGUGUGUGUGUGUGUGUGUGUGUGUGUGUGUGUGUGUGUGUGUGAGAUUUCUCCUGGACCAAUGAACUUUAUUAUUAUUUUUUUUUAAGCAUAUUUCAAUCCACCGCUGCCCUAAAGCAGAACCACCAGGGCUCCUCACUCAGGCCUAAAAUGUUUUGUCACUGCACUGGCAAUGUGAACAAAGUCUCAAACUCCUUUGUGUCAUUUUAUCAGGCAAUGUGUGUGUCUGCUUGUCAUACGUGUACAUUAUUACAUUUGUAAUAUUUAAGUUUUGUAAGUCCAAAAAUGGCCAACAGACGUUGAGCAGGUGCUGCAUCUGCGAUUGUGAAUUGCACUCCAUUCUGAACCCAAUUGCUGGGUCACAUCUUGCUGACCACAAGGACACAAAAUCACCUGUUGAUUUGGUAUCGUGGUCCAAUCCAAAAUGUUUGAGAAAGUAAUGUCAGAGCACGAGGUUUUUGUUACUUGUCCAAGUUCAAAUAGAGGAGGUGCAAUUUCCACUAUGUCAGGGCAAGACCACCCAUUGAUUUUGAUAUUCUAUUCUUGUUACAGGUAGUUUAGGAGCACCUUUUUAGGACUCUCGUUUGUUAUGUCAAGCUAUCUUUUUUUUUUCUUCAGGGAAAGAAACCUAUUUAUUUUGUACAAUAUCUAUCUCAUUUGGUACAUGUUUCUGUUUCACAACUGUAAUAGGUGCAACUUUGAAAAACUGAGCAUCAAGCUUUUACUGACAGGGAUUUGAUUUUGUAUGAGACACGAUCAAAAAAACU